AUGUCCACUUUGACCCGUGUCCAAACCGCUAACGCUCCUGCUGCCAUCGGCCCCUAUGCUCAAGCCAUCAAGGUGAACGGCAUGGUUUACACCUCGGGCCAAAUCCCUCUUAUCCCUGCCACUGGCGAGCUCGUUCAAGGUGGCGUUGAAGACCAAACACGUCAAGUUUUGACCAACCUUACCGAAGUUCUCAAGGCCUCUGGUUCUAGCUUGGAGAAGGUUGUCAAGACCACCGUUUUCUUGAAGAACAUGGAUGACUUUGUCGCCGUGAAUGGCGUUUAUGGCUCGUUCUUCUCCACCCACCAGCCUGCUCGUAGCGCUGUUCAAGUUGCUCGUCUUCCCAAGGAUGUCUCUGUUGAGAUCGAAUGCGUUGCCGUUUGCGAGUAA